AGAACUCAACCACUCCACGUCGUCGUCGUUUGCUGCCGCUGCGCAAUGGAGGAGGAGCGCUGCUUCAACAACUGGGAUCUGGACGCCGUCGUCCGCCUGGGCUGCCGCCGCCGCCUCUCCCCGCCACGGCAGCCCGACCCGUUUGCUUCGCUUCUCCCUCCGACCCUGCCGUCGCCGUCGCCGUCGCCGCCGCAGAAGGAGAAGCCCGUGGUGCCAGCGCUGGCUAAAGGACCAGAGCCAGAGCCAUACGCCGGGUGGCGCUUUCCUAACCUCGGUGCUGGCGGCGGGCAAGACGGCGACGAGCUCAUGAGGGCCAUGUUAGCAGUCCAGCCUUCCCUGCCUCAGCCUCUGCCAACGACAACGCCAACGCCAACGCCAACGCUUCCCCCGGCAGCAGGAGAGCAUCGACAGUCGACUGUUACAGCCGUGGACGUGCCGCUACCCCAGGUGCGCCCCGCUCCGGCCGCCAGAGCGCAGCCGAGCGGGCGGCAGGUGCCCGGUGCCGUGCCAAGAUCCAAGAGAAGGAAGAACCAGGUGAAGAAGGUGGUCUGCCACGUUCCGGCGGACGGCUCGUCGUCGGACAUGUGGGCGUGGCGCAAGUACGGCCAGAAGCCCAUCAAGGGCUCCCCCUACCCAAGGGGAUACUACCGGUGCAGCAGCUCCAAGGGGUGUGCGGCGCGGAAGCAGGUCGAGCGCAGCCGCGCGGACCCCAACACCUUCAUCCUCACCUACACCGGCGAGCACAACCACGCGGCGCCGACCCACCGCAACUCGCUCGCCGGCACCACCCGAAACAAGUUCCCCUCCUCGGCGGCGCCUCCGCCGCCUCCGCCGUCCGUGGUGGUGGGCGGCGCCGGUGCCGGCGACGCGCAGCAUCAGCAGCCGAGCCCGAGCCCGGCGUCCACGUCGACCGCGGGGCUCUCGCCCACGACGCCGCUGCGCACGCCGUCGAUGGAGGAGGAGGAGAUGGACGACGACGACGACGAGCUGCUGGUGGAGGACAUGGAGAUGGUCGGCGAGGACGAGCUCUUGUUCCUCAACAUCGACGCCGACGCCGAAGCUGACGCCGGGGCACCACUGGAGCCCAUGCCCUCGCUCUUCGACGUCGUCGACGAGCCCUUCCUAAACUCCCCUUGGCUGACGGCCACCAGCAGCGCCGGCGAGCCAGCCACAGGGGCAGCCGGCGCCAGGAGCUGACUUCUCCAACAGAUAGAGACAAUGAUGUGCCGUCCGUCCGUCUUUGUAGAUGAAACAAAAUCAAGGGAAGCGAAGAGAGUAGAAGAAAUCAUCUGAUCUGCCAUUGUAAUGCAUCCAUCAGUAGCAUCGACAUCAUGAUACUAGUAUUAGUCCUAGCAUCGGUAGUCAGUCCUGACCAGUACAGAGCUUGAUCCAUCAACCCUCAAAGCAGUUCUUCCUUCCUCACCGCUCAGAACAACAUCUUUGCAUUUUGUUCUUUUUCUGCUCUUUUUUUAGGUAUGGUUGUGACUUUGUAUCUCUUUUGUUAGGUGCCUGUUUUUUUGCAUUUGUGUAUAGAAAGUGGUAGAUGAUGAACCAACAAAAGGAGUGAAAAAACAG